UCACGUGGCAUGCGUUCCGGCGUUCCCCUCUUGGCUUUCUUUACCCGCUGGGCUCUUCAGAUUCGCCACAGAAUGACCGUCUUUCCUCCGCCCUUAUUGUAGACGAUAAAAAUCCCGGGUGAUGUACGAAGGUGUCUGGCUCGGGAUAAACCUGGGCAGGGAACAGAAGCGCGGGGGCGCUGGGACGCCGUGUGGAAUGUGCUGAGGCGGAAGGGUAGGCGGCUUCCCGCGAGUCGCUGCUGCCCGGACACCCAGGAGCUCGGUGUUGGUUGGGACAAAGGGGCCGAGGCCGGUGCUGGAGCGGAAUUUGAGAUAUAAUGUUAGCAGGCUGAAAAUUUAUCUACCAAAAUGUCAAAAAGGCCAUCCUAUGCUCCACCUCCCACCCCUGCUCCCACAACCCAAAUGCCCAGCACACCAGGGUUUGUGGGAUACAAUCCAUACAGCCAUCUGGCCUACAACAACUACAGGCUGGGAGGGAACCCGGGCACCAACAGCCGGGUCACGGUAGGAGAAUCAACUAUUACAUCAUCCGGCAAACAACAGGAAUUGACCAGAAAUGGCUUUAGAGCUUCCUCUGGUAUUACAAUUCCCAAACCCCCAAAGCCACCAGACAAGCCUCUGAUGCCCUACAUGAGGUACAGCAGGAAGGUCUGGGAUCAAGUGAAGGCAUCCAACCCUGACUUGAAGUUAUGGGAAAUUGGCAAGAUCAUUGGAGGGAUGUGGCGAGAUCUCACUGAUGAGGAGAAACAAGAGUACUUGAAUGAAUAUGAAGCAGAAAAGAUAGAGUACAAUGAAUCCAUGAAGGCCUACCAUAACUCACCAGCUUACCUUGCCUACAUCAACGCAAAGAGUCGGGCUGAGGCUGCGUUAGAAGAAGAAAGCCGACAAAGGCAAUCACGCAUGGAGAAAGGUGAACCCUAUAUGAGCAUCCAGCCAGCAGAAGACCCAGAUGAUUAUGAUGAUGGAUUUUCUAUGAAGCACACAGCUACAGCCCGCUUCCAGAGGAACCACCGUCUGAUUAGUGAGAUACUGAGUGAAAGUGUGGUACCAGAUGUCCGUUCCGUUGUCACUACAGCUAGAAUGCAAGUUCUCAAACGUCAAGUUCAGUCUUUAAUGGUUCAUCAGCGAAAACUGGAAGCUGAGCUCCUGCAAAUAGAAGAGCGCCACCAGGAAAAGAAGAGGAAGUUCUUGGAAAGCACAGAAUCCUUUAACAAUGAACUGAAGAGGUUAUGCAGUUUGAAGGUGGAGGUGGACAUGGAAAAAAUAGCAGCUGAAAUUGCUCAGGCUGAGGAACAGGCCCGCAAGAGGCAGGAGGAAAGGGAAAAAGAAGCAGCUGAGCAUGCUGAAUGCAGUCAGACAAAUGCAGCAUCUGAGGAAGAGCAAGCAGUUAACAAGACAGAGGAGAAGAAGGAAGAAGAGAGCGCUCCCAUGGAGACAGAGGAGGCUCACCCAGAAGAAACUACAGAGAACCAGCAGAACGGUGAAGAAGGAACGUCCACACCAGAAGAUAAGGAGAGUGGCCAGGAAGGGGUUGACAGUACUGCAGAGGAAGGGACUAGUGAUAGUAACACUGGUUCAGAGAGCAAUAGCGCAACAGUUGAGGAGCCUCCAGCAGACCCUGCCCCUGACGAUAUAACUGUUUCACAAGAGAGAAGAGGCAGGUGGUUCUUGCAUGCUCUGAAGUGUCGUGCACAUUUCCAAAUGAUCAGAAGCUCGAUCUGCUCCCAGUGCUAUUACUGUGGUUAUGGUAUGCCUCAGGGCUGUUUUAUGUAAUGUGGGAUUCGUAUUUGCAUCAGUCUUUGUUUAUCUAUGCUCUUUGAUCCCUUUGUUCAGUACAAACGAUUUUAUCCAAAGGUGUGGCAAAAUAUAAAGCAAGGGAAUAUUUACACAUCAUAUUUCUUGCCCUCCCAUGCUGACUCUGCUGUAAACACAGAACAAACAGUAACAAAUAGACACCUCCCUUGACAUGAGCUUUCAAAAUCUCUAGCAGUUUCAAAAACUGAAAAUUCUAUUGUCCCCUACCCCAAAAAACCACCCCUUCCAAAUAAAAUGCUCCUUAACUUUUGAUAAAAUUAAGGCAGACACUGGACAUUUCAUGACUUUUUCCAGCUAAAGAGAGCACAUGAUGCAUUUGCUUUAUGUAAACUCUAGUAUGUUUUUACUGAAUAGUAGUAUUUCUGAUAGUGUGUUCUCUUUAAAAACAAAAUAAAACCCUUUUGGCCUUUUUUAAAAUGUUCUAAACAUAAUAAAAUGGAACGUGUUUUUUUAAAAAAUCUGCAUCGGUCUGUGUUAUCUGUCUAUUAAGACAUUUGACUGUGUUUGAUACAAAGAGCUCUCUGCCCCCCAGCACUUCUCCCUUUUAAAUCAGAGAUUAACUAAAAUUUCAAGUCCACUAUACAAAAGCCUCAUUUCUGUAGUAUAUUAAAUACAAAAAGUUAUUCUACAAUAAUACUUGUUUUUGGGUUGGUUUGGGGUUUUUGUUUUUGUGUUUGCUCUUAUCCUGAGAGCUUACAUGCCAGAUAUCUCUGAAAAUAAUUCUGAUCGUGUCUUUCAGUUUAAACCACUGAACACAAAAGAUUUGAAAUGGAAAUGCCAUAAGGAGCGGCUGACUUGUGAUCUCUUUGCAUAUAAACAUUUAACUCCCCUUGACUGAUUUGAAAUAAUUUAAAUGUUGUUAGAACAAAGUGAAAUCUCCACAACAUAUUUUGGAUUGGACUAAAAGCAAUAAUUGAUUUGCAAGAGAUGAACCAACUGUGUUAUCUGAGUAUUUUAACAUCUGACCCUAAAUUCUGCCAUGAAUCACUGCUGUGCAGCCCCACUGACAGCAGAGGAUUUCACAAACAUUAAGGAAGGCUGGACUUGGCCUUUGGGUUCCCACAGGCAAAUUGUCACUAACUUGUAUAUUGCAAUACUUCCUUUUAAAUUGUGCAUUUGUGGUGUGUACAUGCAAAAUGCAUUAUGGGCAUAUCAUUUCCUCUUGCAAUACAAACUGGUUAAGAUUCAUGUACACACUGUCCAAGAUGGGAACUGAAUAUGUGAGAUGCUAUUUCUUAACCUCUUGACAGUUGGUGCUGAGUAGAGGCUUUUGCUGGACUGCCUUCAGUAAUUUUUAGAACGUGUGGGUUCUUGUGUGAAACAAGACUUGGCAUCUAGAGUAUUGCUUUAAGUCCUUAUUGUGAAAAUUAUACCAACAUCCUACACACACACACACACUCUCGCUCACAAGUUCACCUAGCCUCAGCAUGCAUGUGUUUUGUCUUGUUUUACCCUUGGGGCAAAUCUUGGAAUAAUAAGCAAAUGUUUUGAAAAUGUGGUGUUGUGGCAGAGAAGAAUACACUUGUUAUAUAACCAUGCCAGUGACAACUGAAUAUUGCUAGCACACCAGGAAUGAUUAUUAACCAGUCACUACAGAUAAUUUAACUUUAGACGUUUAUUAAAAUGUACAUACCUAUCUUUUUAACUAGUACUGCAGAUUAAAUAGCAUAAAAUGCAAUUGGAAGUAAGGAAGAAUGGUAGUUAAUGGAUCUUUUGUAGCUUUGCAGAGAUAAAAUGGCUCAUUUAAUUCUCUAAAAGGAAAAUCGAUAGGUCUGAUUUUGGCACGUGUCCUAGGAGAAAAGUGCUUAUUGAUGGUCGUGGGGGUGGGGGCAGGGAAUUCCAAAACGUGAGUGAGGAAGUGUUGAUGGAAAUUUUGACUGCACCUUAGUCUUGUGGAAAGUUUGCUGGGUUGGUUUUUUUUUGGUUGUUUUUUUUAAGGUCUCUGUAUACUUUUUAAAACAAGCCACGUGAAACAAAGACCCAAACCUAAAAGCUGUUCUAAACGCUGUCUGUAAAAGUCUGGCUCCCCGCAGGUGAGAGGAGUGUUCCAACUUUAUGCUUAAACAGUUGUAUCUGUGUUUGGUUAAAUUACAUUUCAGGAGCUUCCCACCUGUAGCUUUACAAAUUUGCUCCUGGAAACACAGCUACUAAGAUUCUUGAGAGGAUGAAUUUUUCUAGAAAUUACAUGUUUGAUUGUAACUGCUCCAGAAAGGUAGGCAUAUAUGUAUGGUUUUAAAAGUCCCUCUAACAAUUUGGCCUGUCAUUUCUAAAGAAGUGUACCACCCUAGAAAAAAAAUUAUAUGAUUCAGAUACAAAACAAGCUUGAUAAUCAGGUGCUCCUGCUAAAUUCAGCUACAUAUUUUCUUGCUGUCUUGGGAGGAAGGGAGACCUUUAAUAAGCAGUAUCAGAUUAAUUAUAUAAUUGUCACUACAAAAGACUUUUUAAAAUUGCCUUCCAGACCAAAGGCAAAACUUGUCACAAAGAAAUCUAAACUUGUCUUAACUACCCCCUCCAAAAGCAUUUAGUUCCUAUAUUCAAAUUGUUACACAAAUACUUUAUUUGGAUCAUAGAAGCCUUGAUCCACAAAGGGACUUGGGUAUGGCAGUGAUGAGCAUCAUGGCAUCUAUAAACUCACAGGAACACCAUUGCAAUCCACUAAGCCUGAAUCAGGCACUUAGGCUCCCUAUACAAUGAAUGAGGGGAGAGAGGUGCCUUUCAAUGCAAUAAGUAGGGAGCUACUGAUGGGAGGGGAUUGUGCUAAAUCCCAUCCCUCUGUCAGAGGCAGGUGUCUAUCUCUGUUUAGUGAUCCCCAAAUGGGUUAUAUGCCUGGCUCGGUCCACACAAAGGAGCUUGUAACUUUUAGCCCAGUGGUUAGAGCAUUCACCUAGGAUGUUUGAGCCCUAGGUUAGUUCCACCUCUGCCAGAGGGGAGAAUGGAUUGGAACAGGGAUCGCUUACAUCUCCGAAGAGUGCCCUAACCACUGAACCAUCAGAUAGUCUAUGUAGACCAGGGAUGGGCAAACUUUUGGCCCGAGGGUCACA